AUGGUCAAAGAAACUAAGCUCUAUGACCUCCUCGGCGUCUCACCGACUGCCACCGACCAGGAGCUGAAGAAGGCCUACAAAGUCGGAGCCUUGAAAUAUCACCCUGACAAGAACGCCCACAACCCGGCGGCCGAAGAAAAGUUCAAGGAGAUCUCACAUGCCUACGAGAUCCUCUCCGAUUCUCAGAAGCGGCAGGUCUAUGACCAGUAUGGCGAGGCCGGGUUUGAGAAUGGUGGCGGAGGCGGUAUGGCUGCCGAGGACCUGUUCGCUCAGUUCUUCGGCGGCGGCAGCUUCGGCGGAGGCCUUGGCGGCAUGUUCGGCGGCGGCAUGCAGAGCCGCGGACCCCCCAAGGCUCGAACGAUCCACCACACCCACAAGGUAUCGCUCGAAGACAUCUACCGGGGCAAGAUCUCGAAGCUCGCCCUUCAGCGAUCAAUCAUCUGCCCCAAGUGCGAGGGCCGAGGCGGAAAGGACGGCGCUGUCAAGAGGUGUGCUGGUUGCGACGGGCACGGCAUGAAGACGAUGAUGCGACAGAUGGGCCCCAUGAUCCAGCGCUUCCAGACCGUCUGCCCCGACUGCAACGGCGAGGGAGAGCUGAUUAAGGAUAAGGACCGAUGCAAGCAGUGCAAUGCCAAGAAGACCAUCGUCGACCGGAAGGUCCUCCAUGUCCACGUCGACCGUGGCGUUAAGAGCGGCACAAGGGUCGAGUUCCGAGGCGAGGGCGACCAGGCCCCCGGCAUCCAGGCUGGCGAUGUCGUCUUCGAGAUUGAGCAGAAGCCCCACAACCGCUUCACACGCCGAGAAGACGACCUUCUUUACAAGGCCGACAUCGAGCUCGUCACUGCUUUGGCCGGUGGUACCAUCUAUAUCGAGCAUCUCGAUGACCGGUGGCUCAGUGUUGAUAUCCUGCCAGGGGAGGCGAUUGCACCGGGCGCGGUGAAGAUGAUCCGUGGACAGGGCAUGCCAUCCCACCGGCACCACGAUUUCGGCAACAUGUACAUCCAAUUUACCGUCAAGUUCCCCGAGAAGAACUGGACCGAGGAUCCUGCCGCUUUCGACCUUCUCCGCCAGGUCCUCCCAGCUCCGGCCUUGAUCAACGUCCCGCCAAACGAGGCGAUGACUGAGCCGGCCGACCUGGAGGAUCUUGAUAGUUCGGCCGGUGCGAGAGCCUUCGGGGCCGGUGCUAACGGCAUGGCCAUGGAGGAGGAGGAUGAGGAUGGCCACCCUCAUGCCGAGCGCGUCCAGUGCGCAUCGCAGUAA